UUGAAGAGCUUAUUUAACACAUGCAUUCUUAUAACAAACAUCACUCGUACUGAUAGAAAUCCAGAUCAAAAAUGUCUCACCCCGAAGAAUUUCACGCAAGGCUGACAAUAUUUGUGACAAUUGUAGCAGGAGAAAAGAACAUCAUCAAUCGAUAUCGACACCAACGUGCCGAAUUAGAAUACCAUACAGCAUACAUUGAGGAAUUUGUUGAUGAUAUAUGUUCGAGCUUUGGAGGAUAUAGCGAUUUUGCCCAGGUAAAGACCCGUUUUUCCAGAGGAAGUUACUAUGAGAGGACUAAGAUAAUUGAGCCCAAUGAAUACGAUUAUCUCCCAGUCUUGUCCCUCACCGACGAUGUCGCCGUCGAGGUGUGCGAUGUCGAAGAGGACUGUAAACUAGCCGGUCAAGGAUAUAAGCGCGUUAAAAUUCUCCCAGGUCAACUUCAAAAACAUUUCAAAAAUUUACGUCGAAAUGUGCUUUGUAAGCAAAACGAUGGAGUAUAUUUAAAGACAGAGAUCAGGUACAGUUUGGUUGAAGAAUUAGAUUCGUACCUCAAACGAAAUCAUUCUCAAAACUAUCUAGGCAGGAAAAAUCACAAUGAAGACCCCGCCUACGAGAUCGGACAAUUCAGUCUACAUGAUUUGGUACAUGGCCCAAGCGUAUGCAUACGAGUAGGAGGACCAUUAUGCACUACAGAUAUAGAUCUUUGUUUCUGCAUUCAAAAGAGCCCCGGAUGUGUGUUGGUCCCGGCCUUUGUGUCGUCAGCAAAGUGUAACGUAGUUCUAAAUGAGAAUCAUUGGACUGAAUCCGUACUUCAGUUACAAAAAGAAACGGGUAUAGAGCUUCCACUUUCUGACGGGCAGCACAAACAUGUUUUCUUAACAUUGAAAUUCAUCUCCCACCUUUACGACAAAAUCUAUUGGUUUCUCUUCGGCAGUUGUACCCCAGAUGGUCUCAUUUCCUCCUACGCAUAUAAGCUCCUGAUGCAGCACCACUCCCAUCGCCAAAAGGGGCCCGACUAUAACAUCGGCAAGUGGUUAGAAGAUAUCGUCUACUUCAUUUUCGGAUUCACCCGUAAAGAAGGCGAUGGUCGUGACGUAUUCAGGGCAUACGGGCGUGGUGAUGACGUUUACCUUCCAGAUGUGCAUUUCCACGAGAGGAAGGUCAAGGUCAUUAAUGGCGAUGCCAACAAGGGGGAGCUUAUUACGCUCUUGUGGAUAUACAAACACGUGGAGCACAACGACAAUACAGUUUGGUGGAAAAGACUUCUUGAUGACGACUUUCCGAACAAUGUUGAUAAACCUGUUCAUAAUGGACUUAUAGAAACUGAAUGUGUUGAUAAAGACGGGCUAGACUCGUUGCUAAGAUCAGUUGAAUACGUGAUGACGAUUCGUUCAGGCAAACCCGAAAGACCUCCUGAAUGCAUAUGGCGUCACAUGAAUGGCGCGAUAACCCGCGUCAUAAUAGAUGACCAGAAACCUCUAGAUAUUUUUUAGUUAAGAUAUGCUGUCAAGUUGUGAAGUCGGCUAACAUGUUAGAAUAAUCAUCAAUUUAGAGAGAUUAUUGCUAAAAUAACGUAAUCCUAAUAUCUUGGACCUCAUAUAAGAUAACCUCUAUAUUCUACCUUCCGCAACUGCUGAUGAGCACGAGACGGUACAAAGGGGAGUGAUACAACGUCAGUUCUGCACUGUUUUCAUUUAUAUAUCGGUGUUUGUAGAGGUCAACUCACAUUUUCACUUCUAGACCCUCUUGAAAAUGAAGACCUUUCAGAUUAUUGUCAAUAAUGUAUCAAAUCAAUGUUUCUUGGAAUAAUGACACUCUUCAGCACAUUACAAUUCGACAUUGAUAUUCCAAGUUUAUACAAAUGUAAAUGUGGAAAUGUAAAAUCCUAAAAUAAAAAAUAAAAAAUAAAUAAAUGGAGAAGCACUCACUUAAAAAUGAUGACAGAUUGGUAGGUAGUUUGGUGCCCUUCAAGGUAGCCGUUCCAAAGGGGGUCCGGGAGGCCGCAGUCAACCCCUGGAGAAUUAAAUAUGGCAU